CUUCGUUCUGGUGAGCUUGCUUACUGCAUGUACUUAAAUAGUCAUGGCCUCCUUCACUCAGAGUAUGUUAUUAAUCACGAGUAGAACAACAACUCCUCUUCAAGAACAAGCAUGACGGUUCAAGAAUCCACGAUUGAUGGGAGGCAUGGCUUCGAGCUAUGAUAAAACCAAGCAUGUUGCUAAGAGAGCAGAAGGCGUUGUCAAGAUGCGCAGUGCGUCUUGCGCAGCCCGUGCGUGCGGCCGCUGGCGUUAUCGGCUGGGCAGUCCUGAUAUCCCUGCUGACAGCUGAUAUAGAUAUUUUCAAGUGGAUAAACCUCCACGAGUGGGUCCUAGGUCCUUGUCAUUCGCCUGAUAUGGAG